CAUUUCCUGUGUCCUCUUGGGACGGCAGAUUAAGCUCCCUAGUCCUGUCAGCAUCCUCUGUUAAAACAUGGCUGUGUCCAGCCGUCACCUGCGUUAUUUUGUAGGCAGGUAUUAAAAGGACGAUUUGAUAGCAAAAUACAAUCCACAGCAGCGAAUAUUGUUUGAAGGACACCGUUCAUAAGCGGCCUGCGUCAGAGAGGCACAUCUCUCUCCAUUCGAGAGUGCAGAGGAAUUCACUGGCUCAUCAGGAUCAGACUCGGGGGCGUCUCUAAUUCGUGCGAAUCGCUACUACCACUACGACGUUGUACGCUUCGGGAAACCUCGUGUUAUCGAGACUUCCUCCAACGCAGGCCGUGCUUGCGCUCGGGGUGCGCUCUCUGUGGCCAGAGCUCAGGCACACGGCCCUCCCCGCCGCGGAUGGUAUUGGUCGGAAACGCUCGCUCUCACUCUUAACAGAUUGAGCGGGACUUCUUUCUUCCCGGAUUCAGGCAAGGAGGUGUAGAGGAUUUUGUGCUGCUUCAAAACUAUAGGUCAUCAUGGAAAAUAAGCCUGUGUGGGAGCAAAUUGGAGCAGGUUUCGUACAGCAUUACUACCAACAGUUUGACACUAAUCGGGUGCUUCUGGCAGACCUUUAUACGGACGCCUCCUGUUUGACGUGGGAAGGACAAGGCUUUCAAGGCAAGAAUGCGAUUAUGGAAAAACUGACUAAUCUGCCAUUUCAGAAGAUCCAGCACAGCAUAACCGCGCAGGAUCACCAGCCGACCCCCGACAGCUGCGUCAUCAGCAUGGUGGUGGGGCAGCUGAAGGUGGAUGAUGAUCCUGUGAUGGGGUUUCACCAGCUGUUUCUCCUGAAGAAUAUUGAUAACAAAUGGAUCUGCAGUAAUGACAUGUUCAGACUAGCACUGCAUAAUUUUGGAUGCUAGUUAAAGUUUUUCAACUUUAUUUUCUUGCAAAUAUUAACAUACAAGUUGCAGGAUGGCACCAGAGUUCUGUACAUAUCAAACACAAAACUUGUUACUUUUGUAAUUCUUUAGAAAAUACUUUAAAUAAACCUUUCCAAAUGUCAGAUCAGAAA